UUGUAUUUCUCUUUUCUUCCUCCAUUCUCACAUCCACUCUUCUCUAAUUAUCCCUCAACCUGCUUUUUACUUUCACUCUUUCCUUAGAGCACAGACUUUUCUCCUCCUCUCUUUCCCACACCCAUUUAUCUCUUUUUCACUUUCUCAUCCUAUUCUACCAUCUAUUACUCUCUCCUUUUCCUUUGCAAGGAAGCACGACCCUGUGGAUUACCUCCCUUACAUUUCUGCAAAUAUUUCUUUUUGAAUGCAAUAGCAACACCAAUUCAAACAAUGCCUUGCAGCUCAGAAAACCACAGUCUGUGCGGAGCGUGUGAAUAAUAAUGGCGGCACCUGAUUUACUGGAUCCUAAAUCAGCCACUCAGAACUCGAAGCCAAGGCUAUCAUUUUCUACAAAGCCUACUGCACUGUCUACCCGUGAAGGAAGGGACCUAUCAUUGAAUGUAAUGAAAUGGAAAACUGUAUCAACGGUUUUUCUGGUGGUGGUUUUAUAUUUAAUAGUUGGAGCUACAGUAUUCAAAGCAUUGGAGCAACCCUAUGAAAGUUCACAAAGAACUACUAUCAUAAUGCAAAAGCAUAAUUUUGUUUCAGAACACUCUUGCGUGAAUGCGACAGAACUGGAUGAACUAAUUCAGCACGUAAUGACAGCAAUAAAUGCAGGGAUCCUACCUAUAGGAAAUUCAUCUAACAGCCAUUGGGAUUUGGGAAGCUCCUUCUUUUUUGCCGGGACUGUUAUUACUACAAUAGGGUUUGGAAACAUUUCACCUCGUACAAAGGGUGGAAAAAUAUUUUGUAUCAUCUAUGCCUUACUAGGAAUACCUUUGUUUGGAUUCUUAUUGGCUGGAGUAGGCGAUCAACUAGGGACUAUUUUUGGCAAAGGAAUUGCCAGAGUAGAGGAUACUUUUGUUAAGUGGAAUGUGAGUCAAACAAAAAUCCGCAUCAUCUCAACAGUAAUAUUUAUUUUGUUUGGCUGUAUUCUGUUUGUUGCAAUUCCCGCUGUUAUAUUUCAACAUAUAGAAGACUGGCACACACUGGAUGCCUUCUACUUUGUGGUCAUCACAUUAACUACAAUUGGAUUUGGAGACUAUGUUGCAGGUGGAUCUGAUACUGAAUAUCUUGAAUUGUACAAACCAGUUGUGUGGUUUUGGAUCUUGGUGGGACUCGCCUAUUUUGCUGCCGUACUUAGCAUGAUUGGGGACUGGCUAAGAGUUCUGUCUAAAAAAACCAAGGAAGAGGUCGGUGAAUUCAGAGCUCAUGCAGCGGAGUGGACAGCAAAUGUCACAGCAGAAUUCAAAGAAACCCGGAGACGUCUAAGCGUAGAAAUCUAUGAUAAAUUUCAAAGGGCAACAUCCAUUAAAAGAAAACUUUCAGCAGAACUGGGAAUGAGCCCUAGUCAAGAAAUGACUCCAUGCAAGAGAACCUUGUCAGUAAACCUUCUGACCAAUGAAAAAGAGGUUCUGUCCUCUAUGAAUAGAAGUGACAGUAUUUACCUGAAUGGCUUGACUCCACACUGUGCCACUGACGAGAUUGCUAUAAUUGAAAACUUUAAGUAAAACUGUUUUCUCCAACUUCACUGAGAUGCUACAUUAGCCAUGAUUCUGUAUAGCAUUAAGACAACCAGCAUUUUUACAUGCAUGAGCUCAGAAUUAUUGCAUAGGGCCAGAGAGUCGGUUAACAAAAAAGAGAGAUUGAGACGCAAAAGAUUUACUUCUAAAAUAUCUGCUAUCUUUUUGUGCCCAGACUGUUUAUUUUUUUCUAAUGUGCCAUAAUACACAAAACCUAUAGAAAAAAAUCUAUUGAUUAUUAUUACUCUUUCUGUAAGUUUGAUGAAGUAAUAUCAAAUGUUCAGGAUCUGAUUGGUUGAAACAAUAGACCAUUUAAUGGACUACAGUUUUUUAAAUGGAAAAAAUUGUGAUGCAGCCUUUGACCUAAGAAACUUUACCAGUGCCUUAAAUUUUGAAGACACAACACCUCCUUAUCUUGUUUUACAUUUGUCUUUCUUGGCCUAUGGAAUGUAUAUCAUUGGAUCUUUAAUAUUGCUGGAAGAUCACUUGUACAGGUGCAUUUUGGCAAUGAACUAUUUAGUAAAGGAUACCAAAACUCAAGGACUCUAGCUUUAAGGUACUGGAGUCCUGAGCCUUGCAGAAACGGUUCCUUUAAAUAUUUUUUGUUAUACUCAAAAGAGUAAGUUGAAUGCAUAUACCAAUUUGGCUUUUUAUGGUCCAAGUUAGUGUAGGACUACUGAAGAAAUCGUAAGUAGUAAACAAAAUACACUAAUUAACUCAGUAUACCAAAAACGUACAUAUCCUUUGAACGUUUCACAGAACUUAUUUAAGAGGAAAAUGGUACACAGUAAUUGCUAUAGCAACAUAAGAACAUCUCAGCAAUAUCCAUGGGACAUAACACUGUUAUUUUGUUGAGCGGUAUUAGCUUGAUUUAUUAUUAUUUUUGCCCAACAUACUGUGAAACACAAUUGUUUAAAUGAUUCUGCUUUUAGAAAGCAAUGCAAAGGCUUUUUCCAAUGCCGAAAAUGCACCCAAUGGAAGUAUGUAAAUAAAUAUACACAUUAGGAAAACUCGUUUCAGAGAUUACAACUAGGGCGAGGUAUUAAAGGAUUUCAGGAAAUGUGGUGAUAUGUAUAUGAGAAUAUGAAAAAAUGUAACAAUUCAAAAUAAAAUAAUGAAGACUAUCAUAAAAAAAA